GUGGGCGCCUCGGCUAAUGGCGUCUGCGAGUCUAGGGAGUCUGGGGAGCCAGCGCUGAAGCUUCUUGCCAGGUUGGCUGGUGACGCCCGGUGUGGCGGGGCCCCGCAGCCGUGGGACGGACGUGCCCACCUUGUGGGCUCCUGGGCCAGCGCUGGCGGAGCCUAGCGAGACUGGGCGACUGCGGGGGCGCUUCCGAGAGGAGCCGGGGGUGUUAGAAAGAGGCUGCGGGGGGCGCUCGGGCACGCUCCGGGUUCGCAGCCCAGGCCCGGCAGAGCCCCUGUGGAGCCCAAGAGGCGGGCUGAGGAAGGGCUGGAGGCGACCCAAGGAGUUGACAGUGCCACAGCUUAUUUGUGUGGCUCUGAAAUUAGCUCGGACCUUGAGUGAUCAUGUCUGGCACCAACAGCCCCGAGGCGGUGAAGAAGCUGCUGGAGAAUAUGCAGAGCGACUUGCGGGCCUUGUCACUGGAGUGCAAGAAGAAAUUCCCACCUGUCAAGGAGGCUGCUGAAUCAGGAAUAAUAAAAGUUAAAACAAUAGCUGCAAGAAACACGGAAAUUUUGACAGCAUUGAAAGAGAACAGCUCAGAGGUUGUACAGCCUUUCCUAAUGGGUUGUGGAACCAAGGAACCGAAGAUCACUCAGCUGUGUUUGGCUGCCAUUCAGAGACUCAUGUCACACGAAGUUGUGUCUGAGACUGCUGCUGGGAAUAUAAUUAACAUGCUUUGGCAGCUAAUGGAAAAUAGUCUUGAAGAACUUAAGCUACUUCAAACAGUUCUUGUUCUCUUAACAACCAAUACAGUAGUCCAUGAUGAGGCACUGUCUAAGGCAAUUGUUCUUUGUUUUCGACUACACUUCACAAAAGAUAAUAUUACAAAUAAUACAGCUGCUGCUACCGUGCGACAAGUUGUUACUGUGGUUUUUGAGAGAAUGGUUGCUGAAGAUGAACGAUACAGAGAUAUUAUAGAACAGCCAGUACUGGUGCAAGGAAAUAGUAACAGAAGAUCUGUCAGUACUCUCAAACCUUGUGCUAAAGAUGCAUAUAUGCUUUUCCAGGAUCUUUGUCAAUUGGUUAAUGCUGAUGCCCCUUACUGGCUAGUAGGCAUGACAGAAAUGACUCGGACAUUUGGCCUUGAAUUGCUUGAGUCAGUCCUCAAUGAUUUUCCACAAGUCUUUUUACAGCACCAGGAAUUUAGUUUCCUCCUCAAAGAAAGAGUAUGUCCUCUUGUGAUAAAGCUCUUUUCUCCAAAUAUAAAGUUCAGACAAGGUUCAAGUACUUCAUCUUCCCCAGCACCUGUUGAAAAACCAUAUUUUCCUAUCUGUAUGCGAUUGCUGAGAGUAGUUUCUGUCCUGAUUAAGCAGUUUUAUAGUCUUUUGGUAACUGAAUGUGAAAUAUUUCUGUCACUUUUGGUGAAAUUUCUGGAUGCAGAUAAACCACAGUGGCUACGAGCUGUUGCGGUUGAAUCAAUACACAGAUUAUGUGUGCAGCCUCAGCUGUUAAGGUCAUUUUGUCAGUCCUAUGAUAUGAAACAACAUUCUACCAAGGUUUUUCGUGAUAUUGUGAAUGCACUGGGAUCAUUUAUCCAGUCCUUGUUUCUUGUUCCUCCUACUGGAAAUCCUGCUACAACCAACCAAGCUGGCAACAAUAAUUCAGGUGGCCCAGUCUCAGCUCCAGCUAACUCAGGAAUGGUGGGAAUUGGUGGAGGUGUUACUUUGCUACCAGCAUUUGAAUAUAGAGGAACUUGGAUACCUAUUCUGACAGUAACAGUUCAAGGCAGUGCUAAAGCCACCUACCUAGAGAUGCUGGACAAAGUUGAGCCUCCAACUAUACCAGAAGGUUAUGCCAUGUCUGUGGCAUUCCACUGUUUGCUAGACCUUGUUCGGGGAAUCACUAGUAUGAUUGAAGGAGAGUUAGGAGAGGUUGAAACAGAAUAUCAGUCUACCACAGAAGGGGCUUCUUCACCAAUGCAUUCAUCAGAACAGCAAGAUUUACAGUCAACAUCAGACCAAAUGGAUAAGGAAAUAGUUAGUAGAGCUGUUUGGGAAGAAAUGGUGAAUGCUUGCUGGUGUGGUCUUCUUGCUGCACUCUCACUCCUUCUUGAUGCCAGCACAGAUGAAGCUGCCACUGAGAAUAUCUUAAAAGCUGAACUGACUAUGGCUGCUCUUUGUGGAAGACUGGGCCUUGUAACUUCAAGAGAUGCCUUUAUAACUGCAAUAUGCAAAGGUUCCUUGCCUCCGCAUUAUGCCCUUACUGUAUUGAACACCACCACAGCAGCUACACUUUCCAGUAAAUCAUAUUCUAUUCAAGGCCAAAGUGUUAUGAUGAUAAGUCCAUCAAGUGAGUCUCACCAGCAGGUUGUGGCAGUGGGUCAACCUCUAGCAGUCCAGCCUCAAGGGACAGUAAUGCUAACUUCCAAAAAUAUCCAGUGUAUGAGAACUCUGCUUAACUUGGCACACUGUCAUGGAGCUGUUCUUGGAACAUCAUGGCAACUUGUCUUGGCAACUCUUCAGCAUCUUGUAUGGAUUCUGGGAUUAAAGCCUAGUAGUGGUGGUGCCUUGAAACCUGGAAGAGCUGUAGAAGGACCUAGUACAGUUCUGACAACUGCAGUGAUGACAGAUUUACCAGUGAUUUCCAAUAUACUUUCAAGAUUGUUUGAAAGCUCGCAGUAUCUUGAUGAUGUAUCAUUACAUCAUUUAAUAAAUGCACUCUGUUCCUUAUCUCUAGAAGCAAUGGAUAUGGCCUAUGGAAAUAAUAAGGAACCAUCUCUGUUUGCUGUUGCCAAAUUGUUAGAAACUGGUCUAGUUAACAUGCACCGAAUAGAAAUUUUAUGGAGACCUCUCACUGGUCAUCUACUUGAGGUCUGCCAGCAUCCAAACUCUCGAAUGAGAGAAUGGGGAGCAGAAGCUUUAACUUCACUUAUUAAAGCAGGAUUAACAUUUAACCAUGAGCCUCCACUUUCACAGAACCAGAGACUGCAAUUGCUUUUAUUGAAUCCAUUAAAGGAGAUGUCCAAUAUUAACCAUCCAGAUAUACGACUGAAGCAAUUAGAAUGUGUGUUGCAGAUUCUGCAGAGUCAGGGAGACAGUCUAGGACCUGGUUGGCCAUUGGUUCUUGGAGUCAUGGGAGCAAUCAGAAAUGAUCAAGGAGAAUCCUUGAUACGAACCGCAUUCCAGUGUCUUCAAUUAGUUGUGACAGAUUUUCUACCAACAAUGCCUUGUACUUGCUUACAGAUAGUUGUAGAUGUUGCAGGUAGCUUUGGACUUCAUAACCAAGAAUUAAAUAUUAGUUUAACUUCAAUAGGUUUAUUGUGGAAUAUUUCAGAUUAUUUUUUCCAAAGAGGAGAAAUUAUUGAAAAAGAAUUAAAUAAAGAAGAGGCAGCACAGCAAAAGCAGGCAGAAGAGAAAGGAGUGAUUUUAAAUCGGCCGUUCCACCCUGCGCCACCAUUUGAUUGCUUAUGGUUAUGUCUUUAUGCAAAAUUGGGUGAAUUGUGUGUGGACCCCCGUCCUGCUGUCAGAAAGAGUGCAGGGCAGACUCUGUUUUCUACAAUUGGUGCACAUGGAACUUUAUUACAGCAUUCAACCUGGCACACCGUUAUUUGGAAGGUUCUCUUUCAUCUACUGGACCGAGUUCGAGAGUCUUCUACAACUGCAGACAAAGAAAAGAUUGAAUCUGGAGGUGGCAAUAUUCUCAUUCAUCAUUCAAGAGAUACAGCAGAGAAGCAGUGGGCUGAGACAUGGGUAUUAACAUUGGCUGGAGUAGCAAGAAUUUUCAAUACCAGAAGAUAUUUACUGCAACCAUUAGGAGAUUUUUCAAGAGCUUGGGAUGUUCUUCUUGACCAUAUACAGUCAGCAGCACUCAGCAAAAACAAUGAAGUGUCUCUGGCUGCUCUGAAAAGCUUCCAGGAAAUUUUACAGAUUGUGUCCCCUGUCAGAGACUCAGAUAAGCCUGAGACUUCACCUGUAGUUAAUGUACCUGUGCCUGUCCUUAUUGGGCCUAUCUCAGGCCCUGGUUUAAGCCGGCCAUUCAUAAGAACAGAUUCUAUUGGAGAAAGACUUGGAAGAUAUAGUAACUCUGAGCCACCCAUAGUUACUGAUGAGCUUGAAGACUUGAAUCUCUGGUGGGCUGCGUGGAAUACUUGGUAUAGAAUUGGAUCUGAAAGCACUAAGCCUCCUAUUACUUUUGAUAAACUAACUUUUAUUCCCAGCCAACCCUUUCUUACAGCUUUAAUUCAGAUAUUUCCAGCACUUUACCAACACAUAAAAACUGGUUUUAACAUGGAUGACUUGCAAAAGUUGGGAGUCAUAUUACACAGUGCUGUUUCAGUUCCAAUAAGUUCAGAUGCAUCUCCUUUUAUUCUUCCAUCUUAUACUGAAGCAGUUCUGACAAGUUUACAGGAAGCUGUACUUACAGCUUUAGAUGUUCUCCAAAAGGCCAUCUGUGUAGGACCAGAAAACAUGCAGAUAAUGUAUCCAGCUAUAUUUGACCAGUUACUGGCAUUUGUAGAAUUUUCCUGUAAACCUCCACAGUAUGGACAGCUGGAAACAAAACACAUUGCAAAUGCAAAAUAUAAUCAGAUCCAACUAUUUGCACCGGCGGAAUGGGUAGCCUUGAAUUAUGUACCAUUUGCUGAAAGGUCUUUAGAAGUAGUUGUGGAUUUAUACCAAAAAACAGCCUGUCAUAAAGCAGUGGUGAAUGAGAAAGUUCUACAGAAUAUUAUUAAGGCUCUUAGAGUUCCUCUCAGUUUGAAGUAUUCCUGCCCUUCUGAAAGCACAUGGAAGCUAGCAGUAUCUUCACUCCUCAAAGUUCUUUCUAUUGGGCUACCUGUUGCCCGACAGCAUGCUUCUUCUGGAAAAUUUGACAGUAUGUGGCCAGAACUAGCCAACACUUUUGAAGACUUUCUUUUUACUAAAAGCAUACCUCCAGAUAAUCUCUCUAUUCAAGAGUUUCAAAGAAAUGAAAGUAUUGAUGUUGAGGUAGUUCAGCUUAUUAGCACUGAGAUACUACCUUAUGCCAAUUUUAUUCCUAAGGAAUUUGUUGGUCAGAUAAUGACUAUGCUUAACAAGGGCUCCAUACAUUCUCAGUCUUCUUCAUUUACAGAAGCAGAGAUUGAUAUUCGUUUGAGAGAAGAAUUUUCUAAAAUGUGUUUUGAAACACUGCUCCAGUUUUCCUUCAGUAAUAAAGUCACAACACCUCAAGAAGGCUACAUCUCACGAAUGGCACUCUCAGUGCUUUUAAAAAGGUCUCAGGAUGUACUACAUCGCUAUAUAGAGGAUGAAAGAUUAAGUGGUAAAUGCCCUCUUCCAAGACAACAAGUAACAGAAAUCAUAUUUGUUUUAAAAGCAGUCAGUACUCUCAUUGAUUCACUUAAGAAAACUCAGCCUGAGAAUGUUGAUGGAAAUACCUGGGCACAAGUAAUUGCCUUAUACCCAACUUUAGUAGAAUGCAUCACCUGCUCAUCUUCAGAAGUCUGCUCUGCACUUAAAGAGGCACUGGUACCCUUUAAGGAUUUCAUGCAACCACCAGCAUCCAAAGUUCAAAAUGGAGAAUCUUGACCAGCUACAAUACAUUUGAAGGAAGAAAAAUAUCCUAAAGAUUGUUUGCUUCUGAGUCUUCUGUAAGAAGGACAUUUCUUACUACAAAUGAUUCUUGGCAACUGUUGUUUGCCUCCUUUGAAUUGUAAUUACCUGAAUUCAGUAAUUCAUAUUACAAGCUUACACAUCAACAAAGGCUCAUGAAUGAGUAGCAGUGCAAGCCUUUAAUAAAUUAAACUGAUGGAAGGGAUCAGUUAAUGCUAUAACAUAGCUGCUACCAUAUCUUCAGUUGGUGAUUUAAAAGUGAGCUUAUGUACAGUUUGUGGUGUAUGUGUUAAUGAUGUACUUUUUAAAAAGAAAAGAUAUUUCAAUUCCGUCAGAUUUAUUAGGCUGGUGUUUUUGCACCCUUUUUCAGGUACAAAAUUGUACUAAAAUUUUAUGCAAGAUUGUACUGUAACAUUCCAUAUUAUCUACAACCAGCCUUUGUAAACAAAGGGAACUGAUAUACUUGUGUGUAUAAUAAAUGGUACAGUUCUGUAUAAAA